CACUGAUGCGGGGCAGUGCCGAGUGACUUCACUUCCAACCCAUCUCUUCCACUACACCAUCAUCACGCCAAUACCACACCCUCCUUCGCAGACUGCAUCCUGAGAGUACAGUAGGAUCGACGAAUUUCUAUUUACAAAAACCUCGAUCACGCCUACGUGUCGCCUGCCAGCAUGGAGGCGUCGAGCUCAAACCCGCUGCUGUCCGCACAGAAGAGCUCUCAGCUCCAGACUGUGCUGCAUCCGCUCGUUAUCCUAACUAUUUCCGACUAUAUCACAAGGCAUACCCUACGAGGACAAAAUAUUCCCAUCGUUGGCGCGCUUUUGGGCCAGCAAAAUGGCCGCGAAGUUACCAUUGAACAUGCGUUUGAUUGCCAUGUGCGCGAGGCGCCGGACGUUCAAGGCGGCUAUCUCUUGGACGAUACAAAGUUCUCUGCAAGGCUCGAACAAAUGGUUACCGUACAUAAAGACCGACAGCUAGAGCUUGUGGGAUGGUACACCCUGCUCCCCCCGUCCGGGCCGACUCCAACCGUCCUACCGAUUCAUACACAAAUUCUCGAAUCCUGGAAUGAAUCAGCAUUGUUGCUUGGUUUCCAUCCUCAGCAAGUGCUGGAGCAUACAGUGGGAGGAAAGCUGCCACUCACCAUCUACGAGAGCAACUUUGAAGUAGACACGGAUCAAGACGGUGAAGACAAGAAGAUGGACGACGGAGAGAGCAGCCUCAAGCUCAAAUUCCGUGAGGUCCCAUACUCUGUAGAGACAGACGAGACAGAGAUGAUUAGUAUGAACUACAUUGCUGAAGGCGGUGGCAAUGCUGCUGCCGUAGCUGCCAAAGAGGCUGCCCCGCCACGGACGAUUGAGACAAACGAUAAGGGCAAGCGACGCCUAGUGGAAAACGAUGGUGACGAAGCUGCAGAAGGAGCUGACGGCCGCCAGGGUGCCCUCAGUCGAGAUGAAGAUGAGAUGCUGUCGUCACUCACUGCCAAGGCCAACGCAGUCAAGAUGCUCCAAUCUCGUAUCGACCUCUUGGUAGCAUACUUGGAGCGCCUCCCUCCCUCCUUCUUAAAUGGAGAGAUGCAAGAUGCCAGCGCUAUGGAGACAGACCAUACCACACCUUCACCAACUGUUUUGCGCCAGAUCCAAGCGCUGGUUUCGCGCCUCGACCUGGUGAUUCCAUCCGAUUCGGAGUCAUUCCAAAAGGAGAUGCUUGCUGAAACCAAUGACGUUCAUAUGAUUGAUCUUUUAACGAGUAUCAUCAGUGGCGUUGACAAGGCCCGUGGUGUGGGAAGCAAAUUCGGCGUCAUUGACUCAGCUACAAAGCUACAACAUCGUCGCGGCCACGACGCACAAGCUAGUUAUUCAGGUUUGCACGGCGGUGGGGAUUUGAUGCUCUAAAUGGGGGCCUCAAGUAAUUCCAGUUUUGUGGUACAUGUUUAAAAGCAUGCUGUGGAUGCAUCAUAACAGCCAGGCGUUAGAGAUGGCAGUAUAGUAUGCCAUGGAAUAGACAUUUGUUUCUUUACAUUUUUGUGCUCUGACUACCUUGAUUUACCCAUGAAGGAAUUCAUAACCUAAAAAGUCCAGCCCUCGUCACACGUAAAAUCUGUAUGAGAGGCAAAAAGCAAAAAAAGAAAUGCGGCCAGUGUGACUCGAACACACGACCUUCAGAUAGGUAUCCGUAGGAUUGAAGUUUGGCUUCAGUCUGACGAUCUCCCAGCUAAUCUAUGGC